AUGACUAAGGCCCUAUGGAGGGCUCCAGAGAAUUUGCCUUUGCUGCCUGAAGAUGAUCCUAGAACCAUGGGAGAAACACAGAAAGAGGACAACCUGCACAGACAUCACUCCAAUAGGAGUGAGGGUCUGGGAGAAGACACCUUCUGCAACCAGGCUCCUCCCAUAGACACUGAGAGCAGCAUGCAGCCUGCCAGAGAGGAUGUGGGCCAGGGAGAAGAUGGCACCAGCUGCUAUGGGAUUCUUUCUGUAGCCCCCGAGCAACAGCCCAAAGCCCCUCCUGUGCAGCCGAAGGUCCUGCAGAAGAAGGACGACACCCAUGUCCUGCGCUUGUUGCUGCAUCAGAGGGACCUGGAAAUCCAGGGGCUGAGAUGCGCCACUCAGAAGGAGCCAACUUCCCGACUCUCCUUCAUUUUGCAGGAGCUAGUGAGCAUGAGGCAGAGAGUGAGUGCAACCCCGACGAGGUACCAAACCAAAAGAGACCAGCCAGAGCAUCUUCAAAAGGAAAUAGACAGACUGAGCUCUGAACUGCAGGCUGAAAAGGAGCUCCAUAUGAGGGAGAUGCAGGUCUUGAAGGAGAGACUCUGCAAAUCAGAGCUGUUGGGGCAGCACCUGUACAAAGAGAUCGUGAGGCUGAAGAAGUCACAGCCUGGGAGACCCGCCCAGGGCCGCAGAGAGCCACAGGAAACAGAGACCAGCGUGAAGGGGGGUGAAGAGCCAGAAACAGAGAGUUUCGAGCUUUGGACAGAGAUGGGAAACAACGUAGAGGCAGAGCCUAGUAACAUGGUGCUGCGGAGGAUCCCCAAGCACAUGAGCUUCCUGGAUUCAUUCUUCAAGGAUAGAGAUCCAGCAACACUUGAGAGGGAAAAGGACAACGGAGGAACCCAGAUGGCAGAAGUAGUUCAAGCAGAAUUCAACGUCAACCCCAAGUCCUCUACAGAGUCAGAGGCCAGAUGGAAAAUGAGUGAUUUUAGCAGCUUCAGUUCAAGUCUAGAGCUGGUUAGUUCACCUGCAAGACAGGAGAGGAAACUAUACUCAGAAAGUUCUUGGUGGGAUGUCAUCUCUUCUCCAAAAUCAGAUCUUGUUUCUACACCAAGCAGGUCUGAAAUUACGGUAUUGUUCCCCAGUCUCCCACCAUCCUGGGAGAACAUCCAGCCCAAACACUCUGGUUUCCUGGAUCUGAAGACAGAGCAGUCCCAGGAUCUGUGCCGUCUCACUCAUGCCAGUCUUGAUGGGAUAGGAGCUUGCAAGACAUCUGCGAUGCCCUCAGGUCGGAGCAAAGGCGAAGAAUACGAAAGGGCUCCUGGGGACACAGGCUUCCUAAAGAUCACCACCGUGAAUCGCAAGGGCAAAUUCGUUCGAAUCCUCAACACCUCAUUGGACCAAGACAUGGACCUGAGUGGCUUCAUCAUCCAGCAGUGGAUGGGAGGGUACCCGGUGUCCAUCUACCGCUUCCCCCCAGACACCACGCUGCCCGCACUGCAUCACAUCACGGUCUGGGCUGCAAGAACUGAUUGCACCCAUAAAAAACCCACAGACGUGACAGUGAGGGCCCAGCAGUAUUUCCGAACAGGCCCAGAAUGCACCACAGUCCUCAGCAAUGCAAAGGGCCAGACUCUCUCCAGGUACACGGCCCCUCACAGAUUCACAGCAGCCGCAGACGCCUACAGUGAUAACACGGACCUUUCGGUGGACAAGUUCCCACUCGCUGGAGAAGGAGAGGAAGCAGAAGAACCUCUGCCCCAGAAGGAUCAGCAAUGGGUCCCUGCAGCGCCAUGCAGAGGGAGGACAGGCAGGCCACCGGCUGUACUGCAGGAGGCCAGGGACAGGAAGCACUUUCCUGUUGGCUCUUCAAACAGGAACCAUCUGGGAGACCCUUCAAACGGCAGUAAGAGGAAAAUCCAGCCUGGACCCAGAGAGACAGUUCACAAGACUGUCUCUUUCUCAGUCGAGAACUUACCUUCCAUAUCAGUGGCAGUCAAGCAGAAACGCUUUUCACCCAGCAAGGAGAAGGAGGAUGAAGAGGAGGAUUUUGCUCCUCAUGGAAGGCAGCCUCCAACUGCAGAGCCAAAACCCAGAGUCUUCAAGACAGCUCUGGAUACAACAAUUCCUACGGUGGGGCUGACAGGACAGAAGAGUGCUCGAUCUAAAUACGGCUUCAAGCACAUGGCUUACCUACCUACCACUACUGACAUGCAGCUUAGGAGAUACUGUCCUGCUAGAUGAUGCACGGAUUAAUAGGUGACACAGGAAGCUUGCACAGGUUCUUAAAUACACGCCAUGCUGCUCCAGUGAACGUGCUGCCAUCUGGCUUAUUUCAACCAGGGGAGAAGAGUCAGUCAGUAAUAGGUAGGGUGGCUGUUUUGAAAGGAUGUGCUGCCUGCAAGGCUGUUAUUUAUCACUUGAGAACUCCACCAAGAGCAAAGUCAGGACACUGUAGGCAAGAUCAUCAUGGAGCGGCCAUUGGUGGCUGCAGUUCCCACCCUUCCAGUCAGGAGGCCCAUGGUGAAGGCUGGGAGUAAGGUCUGCUGGUGAUGUGUUCCUCAUCUGAUGAUAGUAGAAUUACUGGGGCAAGAGAGAAGGUCUCUAUAACUGAGAUGAAUGAUGACAAAGGUCAG